CGGCUGCAUGGCAUCCUCCAGCCUGCAGGUGGCGCGCUUUGGCUCUUAGUGUAGCUCCGGCAACAGGGUGUCGCUCUUCGAUAGGAUUGUGCCACUGUCGUUACCAGCGGCGCAGGCCGGACGCCCCGAACUGUCUUUGUGUGCCCGGCCGGAGUGGCACAACCGAGACUCUGGUACUUCCCUUACUCUGUCAGAAGGGGGAUGAGUUUCUUCUUCAUUCAUAGAAAAAUUCACAAAAGUGAGCACCCACGUGUGAAGGUGGUUAGCAGGGUUUCCCUCCUGCCGCUGGAAACUAAAGAUGGGUAUGAGGAUCAAACUAAACAGCAGCGACCAUCCCAGCAACCUGCUGCGGGAAUUGAACAAAGCAAGGCUGUCCGAGACAUUAUGCGAUGUUACUAUUGUUGUGGGGAACCGAUCCUUUGCAGCUCACAAAGCUGUGUUAGGCUCUGCAGCUGCUUAUUUCCACAAGCUGUUCUUAAGCACUGAACUGGAUGUAGCACGUACAUAUGUUGUGGACUUCAUAACCGCUGCUAACUUUGAAAAAGUGUUAUGCUUCAUCUACACUUCUGAGCUGUUCACUGAUCUGAUAAAUGUGGGCGUUAUUUAUGAAGUAGCAGAAAAACUUGGAAUGGAAGAUUUGCUGAAAGCCUGCCAUGCAACCUUUCCAGACUUAGAGGGAUCCUCUGGACAGAAGAAUCAAUGUUCUGUUUCCUCAAGUGAAGGCCGCUCAAGCACAUUAAGUGUUGUCUCCACAGAGCAAAGCCACGGUGAGUCAAAAGGCAAUGGAUUGGAUAAUCACCUGCCUAAUACAGAUAAAAGUUUAACUGGGCAAGGAGAUAAUAUAGCAUGCUUUAAAGGUGAGGAACAGGAUCCUAAUCUGAACCAAGCACCAAAUUUUGUGCUACAUGCUAAAUCUGAGGAGCAAAGCACAUCAGGAAGAUACCAGUCCUCUCAAUGUUCAGUUAAUUCUGGGUUUGUCCCGACAAGUACCUGCCAGCAGUACAAACCUCAGCAUAAUGGGGAGUACAACAAAAGUGGAUACUAUUCUGGGGAUACUUCCAUAAAUGUAAAUCCAAAAGAAUCUCCAGGAGGAUUUGAGGCAAUGGGAGAGCUACACCUUGAAGAACUAGAAGAGGAGGAGCUGCAGUUUGAUGAGGGCGGAGAUGAAGAUUCGGGUCCUUCAGGGGAAGUGAUUGAACUUAGUGAUGGCAGUGAGGAUGAACUGCUUAUAUUUGGACAAGGGGAAUCAAGAAGUAGCAAAGCAAUGCCAUGCCAAGUGUGCAAGAAAGUACUGGAACCAAACUUGCAGCACAUUCGUCAACAUGCAAGGGAACAUGUAGACCCCCGCACUGGCAGCUGCAAGGUGUGCCAAGCUCGCUUUCAUGACCGUGGUGCUAUGGUUACUCAUGUCUUGUCUCACAUAGGUAUUUUUCUGUUUUCCUGUGAUAUGUGCGAAGAUAAGUUUUUUAGCCAGUGGCAGCUUACUUUGCAUCGUGGGCAAGAAGGAGCAGUAUCAGAGCACAAUAUUAUCGUACAACCAGGUCAGCCACUUCCAGGUGAGGUAAAUGCAUUUGUUGGGACAAUGGGUACUGAACUACCUUGUGGAGCCUGUCACAGGACAAUGCUACGGGAUUUUCACUCCGUGCGAUCUCAUGCCCUAGAACAUGUUAACCCAAAGGGCUUAUCUUGCAAUUUGUGUGAACAACGGCAUUUAACACUGUGUGGACUUAUGUGGCAUGUCUUCUCCCACAUGUCUAUAUCCGUCUUCUCAUGCUCACUUUGUGCUAGCAGCUUCCUGGAACGACACCUUCUAGAGAAACACAUGGCUGUUCACCAAAACCUAGAUGAGCCUCUGUUUCGCUGCCACCUCUGCUCCCAAGGCUUUAAAUUGGAAUCUGCACAUAGGCAACAUUUAGCCCAGCAUCGAUGUGGCAGCAUUCCUUCAGACCGCCCUGGGUUUCCUGAAUUCUCUCAUGUUCAGCUGGGAACCUCUAAGAGAAAAGCAGAGGAUUUUUCAGUAGAUGAGCAUUCGCUUUCAGGACAGACAGGCCACAGCAAGUACACUUGUAAAGUGUGUGGAAAAUCCUUCUCCCACACCAGUGAGUUCAAUUACCAUCGGCGUAUUCACACGGGUGAAAAGCCAUACCAGUGCAAAGUGUGUCACAAGUUCUUCCGUGGUCGCUCAACCAUCAAGUGCCACCUGAAGACACAUGCAGGGGCCCUAAUGUAUAGGUGUACUGUUUGUGGACAUUACAGCUCCACCCUAAACCUCAUGGGAGAGCAUAUUGCAAUUCAUCGGGGUAACUUACCUGCAGACUUCACUAUUGACCAAACAUUUAUGUACACAAUUCACUCCAAAGAAACAGAUAAAAGUGGUGAAAGCUGAUACUUUUACAGGUGAACUGGAUAGAGGGCUGUAGUACCCUCCACCCCCCAUUCUAAAUCUUUAAUGGCCCAUUUACAUGAGGUGGAUUUUUGAAUUAAAUUGAGUGUAUUUACAUGUUUUAACUUUUUGCUACUCCUUUUUUUUUUUUUUUUUUUUUUUUUUUAUUGGUGUUUAGUCUGCAUUUCAUUACUUGUGUAUUAUAAAUCUGUCCAUAUUGUUGAUGGUUUUGAGUCCAGAUUACUUAUUUAAUAUUUUUAUUUAAAGUCAUUGCGUCACCGCAGAUAAAGAAGAAAGCAUACAUUGCAUGUGUUAUACUGUAUUUCACUGUAUUUGUAGUUUUGGGCACUUUAGACCACUUUAUUAUAACUUCACAGGUUAGUGGGGCUACAGGUUGACUUCUUUAUCUAGGACAUCUGCGAUCACAUGCCCGCAUGGUGUAUGAACAGUGCAAGAGCUGAGAGAAGCUUGCAGAGAAUUCAGAGGUUAAUGUUUUGGCUGACGUUCAGUUGGCCCUCCUAUAAUAUAUAGCUUUGUGAGAUGGAACAGACUUUAUAGAAGUAAAUGCAGUACAACGUUCACUUCAUAUUGUCAGAAAAGGCUGUGGCUGAUUGUGCCAAAUAUAAGGUGUGCUCCAUCUGCACCAUUCAGUAUUUUAUCAUUUCAGAUUUAAUCAUGGCAACUUUUACCAAUUGGACACAUCUGUGAGGUAGUCACAUAAAUAUUGCUUCUUUAUUUUAAAUAUUUUAAAGCUUGAUCACAAGUUUUUUCACAA